ACUUCAGUUCUUUUUUAUAUCCUGCGAACCCGAUGGCUAUCACAGCGCGCUUGCAUUGCACGCAGCAACUCACAUAACCGCGCACUCUGCACUGCUCUGUCUGAUCUCCCUUCUUGCUACAGUUUUAACGAAGUUUUAAGAGUUCGUGUCACUUGGCUUGCGUCCUUGUCUCGUGGCCGAGGCUAUUGUCUGUGAGGUGAAGCGGAGCGCGGCAGUGCAGUGCGGUGUAGUGUCCAGUUACAAAUAGUGCACUGUGCUGCUGCUGCGAGGAGGCACGGCGACACAAAUAUAUGGCUCUCGAGAGACGGCAAAGAGAGAGAGAGAGAGGGAGAGAGAGAGAGAUCUGAGAAAGCUGCACAGUAGUCAGAGACUGACCCGGAGUUACUGGAUUUUGUUUUAAAUAGGAGAACGCAAACUGGGAUUACUCCACCUUUACCGUAUUUUUUCCCCCUGAGCCACAACAACACUCACCUUCUUCAGACUGGUUGAGACUUGCAGUUGUUCUCCUGCUAGAUGAAUAGGAGUAGUUGGAGACUUCACUAGGCGUGUCUCUAAUGCGAUUAGCUCACGGCCCAACAGGAAGUAACCGACGCCCCACCUUCCCAUGGCUCCGCCCCCCGUGGGUCGCCUCUCCCUUACCCGGCAUGCGGUGCUGCUGCUGCACUGCAUGCUGGUCCUGUGGUCUGGGGGCGUGGUUGGCAGGAGAGGGCCGGUGCUGCUGCCUGAGUCGCCCUGUCACCGGGCAGAACACCCCCUCAUCUCACACACAGAUAUGGAGCCGUGGAUCCACAGGUUCCGGGCUGAGGGCACGGUGGAUUACUCCCAGCUAACCUUUGACCCCAGCCAGAACGAACUGAUAGUCGGAGCCAGAAACCACCUCUUUAGACUCAAUCUGGAGGACCUCUCAUUGAUCCAGGAGGCGGAGUGGCACUGUGAUGAGUUCACUAAAGGAGCCUGCUUCAGUCGGGGGAAGUCAGAGGAGGAGUGUCAGAAUUACAUCAGAGUGCUGCUGGUGAAUGGAGAUAGACUGUUCACCUGUGGAACCAAUGCUUUCACACCCAUCUGCACCAACCGCACUCUGACCAACCUGACAGAGAUCCAUGACCAGAUCAGUGGGAUGGCCCGUUGUCCCUACAACCCUCUCCAUAACUCCACAGCCCUGAUCACCUCCAGCGGGGAGCUCUAUGCUGCCACCGCCAUGGACUUCUCUGGCAGAGACCCAGCUAUCUACCGCAGUCUGGGGGGGCUGCCGCCUCUACGCACUGCACAGUACAACUCCAAAUGGCUCAAUGAACCUAACUUUGUCUCCUCCUAUGACAUUGGGAACUUCACCUACUUCUUCUUCCGAGAGAAUGCAGUGGAACAUGACUGCGGUCGGACCGUGUUCUCUCGCGCUGCCCGGGUCUGUAAGAACGACAUUGGGGGCCGCUUCCUAUUGGAGGACACCUGGACCACGUUCAUGAAGGCGCGGUUGAACUGCUCUCGACCAGGAGAGAUACCGUUCAACUAUAACGAACUACAGGGGACGUUCUACCUGCCAGAGCUAGAACUGCUCUAUGGGAUCUUCACUACUAAUGUGAACAGCAUAGCAGCGUCUGCGGUGUGUGCCUUCAACCUCAGUGCCAUCACCCAGGUGUUUGGAGGUCCCUUCAAGUACCAGGAGAACUCUCGCUCCGCCUGGCUACCCUACCCUAACCCUAACCCUGACUUCCAGUGUGGUACCAUAGACUACGGCUCCUACGUGAAUCUGACAGAGAGGAACCUGCAGGAUGCCCAGAAGUUCCUGCUGAUGAAUGAGGUGGUUCAGCCGGUCCAGCCUGUCCCUUACUUUAUGGAGGAUAAUAUCCGCUUCUCCCACGUAGCUGUGGACGUGGUGCAGGGCAAAGACAUGCUGUUCCACAUCAUCUACCUGGCCACAGAUUAUGGAACCAUCCGUAAGGUCCUGUCUCCUCUGAACCAGUCCAUGGGCAGCUGUCUAUUGGAUGAGAUUGAGUUGUUCCCGCCCAGGAGGAGACAACCAAUCAGAAGCCUCCUGAUCCUUCACAGCAGCAGUGAGCUGUACGUCGGGGUCAGGGACCAGGUCAUCAAGAUACCACUGAUGAGAUGCAACUUCCACAAGACCAGAGAGGCGUGUGUGGGGGCGAGGGACCCGUAUUGUGGCUGGGACCUGGUGUUGAGGAAGUGCACCACACUGGAGGAGAGCGUCAGCAUGAGCCAAUGGGAACAGAGCAUCACUAAGUGCCCUGUGCGUAAUGUGACGGUGGAUGGAGGGUUUGGGUCCUGGUCAGGCUGGGGGGCCUGUAGCAAUACUGAUGGGGGCAGUGCUGGGUCCUGUCUGUGUCGGACCAGGGCGUGUGAUAACCCCACACCCCAGUGUGGGGGUCAGUCCUGUCAUGGACUCAACGUGGAGGUGGCCAACUGCUCCAGGAAUGGAGCGUGGACCCCCUGGACUCUGUGGGCUCCCUGCAGUACCAGCUGUGGCAUUGGCUUCCAGGUCCGCCAGAGGUCCUGCAGCAACCCCACUCCACGCCACGGAGGACGAGUGUGUGUGGGGCAGAACCGAGAGGAGAGGUAUUGUAACGAGCACCUGCCCUGCCCGCCUCAUGUCUAUUGGUCGGCCUGGUCGGCAUGGGAACGCUGCACGGUGCCCUGCGGAGGCGGCAUCCAAUCACGUCGCAGGACCUGCGAGAACGGCAACGAGUGCCCUGGAUGUGCCCAGGAGUACCAGUCGUGUAACACCCUCCCUUGUCCAGACCUGAAGAAGACCACCCCUUGGACCCCCUGGACGCCGGUCAACAUCUCGGACAACGGCGGUCACUAUGAGCAGCGGUUCCGGUACACCUGUAAGGCCCGCGUCCCGGACCCUGCCCUGCUAGAGGUGGGCCGACAGAGGAUAGAGAUGAGGUACUGCUCCAGUGAUGGCUCCACUGGAUGCUCUACUGACGGAGAGCUGCUGCUGUCAGGUAAAAUCUCCGGCCACACUGUGAACGGAGGCUGGACAUCCUGGAGCUCCUGGUCUCAGUGCAGUAGGGACUGCAGCCGAGGGAUACGUAGCCGUAAACGGACCUGUACCUCCCCUGAACCACGCCAUGGAGGACAGACCUGCCUGGGACCUGCUCAGGAGUACCAGGAGUGUAAUGUCACACCCUGCCCAGAAGUCUCCAUUGCUCGUUCAAGUCAGGAGGAGAGAAGAUGCGGAGAUUUCAACCUGUUCCAUAUGAUUGCUGUAGGCCUGAGUAGUUCUAUCAUGGGUUGUUUGGUCACUUUACUAGUGUACACCUACUGCCAGCGCUACCAGCAGCAGUCUCACGAUGCUACGGUCAUCCACCCCAUCUCAGCAGCACCACUCAACACCUCCAUCACCAACCACAUCAACAAACUGGACAAAUAUGACUCGGUGGAGGCCAUUAAGGCUUUCAAUAAGAACAACCUGAUUCUGGAGGAAAGAAAUAAGUACUUCAACCCCCAGCUAGCUGGGAAGACAUACACCAACGCAUACUUCACGGACCUUAACACUUACGAUGACUAUUAACCCUUCGUUGGGCUACAGCACCAGGGAUACACACCCUUGUGCAGACAACAACCCCACUCCACUCGCUUUGACUAUUCCUAUUUUUUUCUGCCUUGUGGUUUCUAAUGUAAUUUGUGACAUUUUAUGUGGGACCCUCCUACUCUGGGACCCUUAGGCAGCUGCCAUUCAAUCAAAUUACAGUCAGACAGUGAUGUCAUCAAAGGGACAUGCCCACUUUACUUUCCUUCAGGUGCUCUGAUGAGGUUCACUGGGAAUGUUCAACUUCGGAAAAACAAAAAACAACAAGAUCCUGACUUGACUCUCACAAACAUGGAGACAACUGGAAUUUCGUUUUUUUCAUGGAAGGAAUGGGAAAAAGUUUAAAAAAAAUUAAAAUAUAUAUAUUCAAAAUAUAUAUAUAUAUAUAAACUUAAAGAGCUGUCUGAAUGGGAUGGAUCCCUCUUUGAUUUCCUGUGAAUUAUCUGAUUCCAGAACUGUGUCUGUUCUGGGGGAAGAAAACCAUCUAACUGCUUUGCAUGAAUUCAUCUGACGUGUUUUUUCUGUCGCUCUGUUCAGUUUUGCAUGGUUGGUCACAUUCCACUCCACUGGUCUGUAGUCCAAGAACUGCUCCGUCUAGGGAGAGGCUAUACGGACAUACCUGGUGCCCAAUUUGUUGACGUAUGUCGCACAGCUGAGAGUCGAGUGAAGACGAACGGAUUCAGUUCAGUCAGUUGUCCUGAUGAGUCCUUCCCAGUUAGCUAGUUUGCUUGUGGCUAGAAACUCCAGCAAAAAUGUAAAACUUGUCUGCCGAAGUUGGGAUUUGGGAAAGUGUUCAGAAUCAUUCUGUAAUGACGGUCCUCCUCCUCUUCAUCCGAAGAGGAGGAGCAGGGAUUGAACCAAGGUGCAGCGCGUUGAAAUGACAUGAUGAAUUUAUUUAACAAGACAAAACGAACUAUACUUGAAAAUGAUACAAAAUAACAAAACGAAAGUAGACAGACCUGAACUACGAACUUACAUACAACGUGAAGAACGAAAUGAACAGGAACAGACUACAUGAAAUGAACAAACCGUAUACAGUCCCGUAUGGUGCAAACAUAGACACAGACACAGGAGACAAACACCCACAAAACACCAGUGAAACCCUGGCUGCCUUUGUAUGACUCUCAAUUAGAGACAAACAAUACACACCUGUCUCUAAUUGAGAAUCAUACCAGGCCGAACACAAAACCCCACAUAGAAAUACAAACAUAGACAAACCCACCCAACUCACGCCCUGACCAACUAAAAUGAAUACAAAACAAAGGAAAACAGGUCAGGAACGUGACACAUUCGGUUUUUAUCAUAAUAAUAAAUAAAUAAUGGAGACGUAAUGCCGUAACUGUACAUUUCCGGUGCUUUAGGUGUCAUCCUGGCCUGAUAUUAGCUACACUAUCUAACUACUUCUCCUUACUGCGGCAAGCGGGAGCGAAGGACACUGCCCCGUGUUGUGUUGCCGGCUUGUAGCGCAAACUCUCCCUAUUGAGCAGUGGACUGUGACAUCCAGAUGGUUACUACCAAUAUUAGUAGGAUGCUAUCCUACUCAAAAUAAAAUCAAGUAGCAUGGUUAGGGUCAUUUGCACCGGCUUGUCAUUACGUUACCUAAUUGGCAUGUCAUUGGCAUGACAUCCAGAUGGUGACCAAUAGCCUACAACUACUUUCUCCCUCGCCCAUCGAAAUAAACAUAACUUUCUUUUACAAGUUGUAACUAGCGUCAUGCUGCUGUUGCUAGCUAGCCAGCAUAAACUAUAUAACGGGGAAGGGCUCAUCAGGAUGACUAACUGAACUGACUGAACCGAAAUCAUUCGUCUCCACUGGACUCUCAGCUGCACGAUAUACGUCAUCAAUUUGGGCACCAGAUGUGUCUGUAUAGCCACUCCCCUUCAUCUGCUGUGCUAGGGUCCUACUGCGUACCCCAAAUGGGGUGGCCUUAGUGAUGCCUGAUGAAUUUGACCCAACUACUAUGCUCAACGUUAGUUAGUCAAGUGCUUAGCGUACCCAGGGUAGCUGUCACUCAAUAGCUACCCAAUUUUAGACUUUUGUUAAACCGAUCUAGUGCUUUUAACCAUCUACCUGUGACAGCUAUCGAUCAGAAUGUAGAUAUUUUAGAGAUGUGACCAUAUAAAAAAUUAUCUUACAGGGCUGGCGUCAGUUUAGCAGUUAGCAAUGGUUGAGAUAUCAGUGUACAAUCUUUUUUGCUUUUUGUUGAUGUUAUUGUACAGUGAGCUCAUUUAGAAGCAUAUAUAUAUGUCUCUGUAGCUUUUAUAGCUCCAUUUGUCAGUGUUAAAAAUAAUAAUUUUCUUUGUUUUUACGAAGAAGUAAUGAGUUCAUGCAAGUAGAUUGGAUAAAUUUGAAAGUGAAGAAUGGUCAGGAAUAUGUAACUAGAUCAUGCUUAAGCUGUCAUCAUAGAGGAGAGCGGGGGCAAUUGUAACACUUUUUAUAUUUUACUCUAUUGCUCAGAGACAACCUGAGCUAGGCCAGUCAUUUUUAUAUAUCAGAAACUAACAUCUGUCUCCUAAUCAUUCAUACCAUUUAAAUGUCUGUACAUUAGACGGUCAGAUCCCAAUAUAAAUUUUAAUCAGAAUAGUCCUGUGUCACGGGCAAUUGUAACAGUGGCAGGGGUCAAAUGUAACACCUAAAAAAUAACCAAAAUAACAUGCUUAUAAAUUAUCAUAUUGUCAUAGACAUAUGAAAUGAUUUUCCAAGAAAUAUAUAUAUUUUAUGUAAGUAACCAUUUACAGUAACACCCUGUGCAUGGCCAUUCAGUUAAUCUCCAAACCUCUUGAAUAGUCUGAUAGUACCCAGAUUAUAUAUUUUUACAACUUCUAUGGCACUCCGUAGGAUCCAAUGUUAGUUAGUAUUUGUAUAAUUAUUUCAAAGGUUGAGUAAGUAAGAAUUUUCUCCACAAAUGUACCAACAUUUAUACCCACAUAUAUAUUAUGCCGUAUGUAAAUAGUUUAUGAUUAGUGAAUGCCAUAAUGUAGUUAUUUUGUUAGAUGCUUCUCCCUAUUAGCUGCAAUCUUUUUUUUCAAAGCCAUCUUAGCUAUCACCCUAGCUGUUCGGUCUGAAAAGAUUUACAAAUCAUGGGAAUUUGUCGCCCUAUGAUGUUGAUUCCUUCUGAGGCACGUGUUGAUAGGCAACCCCCUGCACCUGCCAUGGCAGGCCUGCUCCCUCCAUGCUUAAAGACAGUGUGAGAAACGUGCUAACCAGCAUUUGUGCAAUGAAACUAAAUAAAUACUGCACUCAAAACAAAUACACAACUUAUUUGCUAAAUACAAGAUAGUGUUGUUGGACAAAGCAAGGAAGGUGAACUUCAAAAUGUAAUACAGCUUCAUUGGAAUAUGCAGCUGUUGUUGGUAAGUAAUGAAUCCGCUACCUUAGACAUGACUUACUGUAUCCAAGUUAAAAUCACUUGUUUUCAGAAGUUGUCUUCUUGGCUCAGUGUAAUUUUAACAUUGCAUUGCAAUUACCCCCAACCCUAGCAGCCAUGACAAAACCUCAUGUGCCUAGCAAAAGACAACAAUAGUGACACAUGUCAAUCAUGUAAAUGGUUAGCCAACAUAUAGUAAUGCAAAUUAUGCUAGUUUGAAUUCUUUGACAUUAAUGCUCAGGACAGUAUAAGAAAAAUACAGCUGCUGGAAAAAAAUACUUUCACCCCUAAACAAACAUUUGCUAAUAAAGCGUGAAAAUAGUGAGAUAUUUGGCUUUUCAAGCAGGGAGUGAACCUAAAUGGACAUGUGCUGAGUGAUUUUUAAUCGUUCUAGCUGGUUUCUGUGUGGAGAAAUUCAAGGUGUUACAGUUGCCACUGUUCUCCCCUACUUUGUAUAGUUUUUAUAAUUUUGGAAUUCAUCAUUUUGAAACUGUUUGUUUACAAUUGUUGAUUUGGCUGUGUGGCUUAAUGAAUUUAUUCUGCCUGGGGUUAUAGUAACAGACAUGGAGAUAGUGCUUUACAAACAUCCUUCUCCAGAACCUGAAGUGGUACUUUUUAAGGUGUAAUAUCUCUGUUUUGUUUAAAGAUGAUGUACAUCCAUAACUGAGUGAAAUAUUCAGUAUGUUGGUUUCUUCAAUGUUUUCAAUUGUAACUAACUAUUUUUUUAAUAUGUUUGCUUGUUUUAUUGUCCAUAAAUUAAAAACCGCUUGGUACACUU